UCUGAGUAAUGACGUCAUAUUUCUCCAGCAUUUUGAAGAUAACAGUGUUAAACGUGAAGCGUUUUGUCUUCUUUUUAUUUGUGGGACACUGCAAAUGAAGUUAUCAAUCCUGUUUGUUGCUUUCUUGACUACCGUCAAGGCUGAUCUAGCAUGCCCCGAUGGCUUUUGGGAUGACUCUUGCUCUAGCGAAUGUGGUAACUGUAAAGAAUCUAAAUGUGACAAACGUACUGGAAAUUGCAAAAGGUGCAAGUAUGGAUGGGCUCUGCCAAAAUGUACAAUCUGUGCAGAUGGAUUAUGGGGAGAGGCUUGCAACAAGACAUGUGGACAUUGUAAAGGGUCUACCUGUGAUGAAUAUAAUGGAUGGUGUAAAUUCUGUCAAGAUGGCUUUUGGGGUCUGUCUUGCACUAAAAUAUGUGGUAACUGUAAAGGACCUAAAUGUAACUUUGAUACUGGAAUUUGCACGUGCAAGUCUGGAUGGGCUCCGCCAAACUGUACUGAAUCUAUUCUAAAUACGCCAACCACGACGCCAACCACCACGCCAGAAUCUAUUCUAAAUACAGCAACCACCACGCCAACCACCACGCCAACCACGACGCCAACCACCACGCCAGGCGGGGAUACAUUUCACAUUGACUGCGUGGGCCCCGCGAUAAUUGGGCAGCUGUCAAAAAUGACGUGUCGCGGACCUUUUGAAAUAGGAGUACACUGGUAUCGACCAGAUGGUAAAUCAGUAAGAUGGUGUAACAAGUUAAAAAUAAAUUGUCGAACAGCUGACGGAUACGACGAUCGUCCUCACAGAGGUGGUGAUUUAACAAGAGACACUUUGGAAAUAGAAUCCUUCGAUCCAGAAGUUGAUGGUGGUCUCUGGACGUGCAGAGAUGGACGUGUUAGCAGAUCAUAUGUUACAUGUUGGCUAGGCUCUACAAAGGAGAAAGGUGAACGUACAGUACACAUUGACUGCUUGGGCCUCGCGACAAUUGGGCAGCAGACAUACAUGACGUGUCGUGGAAAUUUUAGAUUAGGAGUAUACUGGUAUCGACCAGAUGGUGAAAUAGCAAGAUGGUGUGACCAGACCAAAAUAACUUGUGCAAGAGUUGACGGAUACAGCGGUGAUUUUCCCUAUGGUGGUGGUAUAGCAAGCGACACUUUGGUACUAGAGUCCUUCGAUCCAAAAGUUGAUGGUGGUAACUGGACGUGCAGAGAUGGACGUGAUGGCACACAAUUUGGUACAUGUCAGAAGACCUAUACAACAGAAAAGCCUACAGCUGGUCCAACCACACCAACCACUACACAAACCACGCCAGACGACAAAACGACUUUCUGGAUUAUAAUUGCGAUAGUGGUUUUCUGCGUUCUGAAUCUGAUUGCAGUACUAUGUGCAUAUCUAGCACUGAAACGCUUAAAACAGAAAAACAAAGAAAAUCCAGAGACGCCAUACAAGAUAAUGGAAGACGAGAACAAAGAACACCACACAAACAAACACCACCAGAAACACCAACCACAUCAAAACACACAUCAAAAACACAAAGAGUAUCAAGAACACAAAGGAUACCAACAACACCAACAACACCAACAACACAAAGAACAUCAACAACACCAACAACAAUACCACAAGGAAUAUCAAGAACACAAAGAACAUCAACAACACCAACAACAACACAAAGAACAUCAAGAACACAAAGAACAUCAAGAACACCAACAACAAUACCACAAGGAAUAUCAAGAACACAAAGAACAUCAACAACACAAAGAACAUCAGGAACACCAACAAAACAAAGAACAUCAAGAAGACAAAGAACACAUAGACCAUCAAGAAGACAAAGAACACCAACAAAGCAAAGAACAUCAAGAAGACAAAGAACAUCAAGAACACAGAUAUCAUCAAGAACACAAAGAACAUCAUGUAGACAAAGAUCAUCAAGAACACAAAGAACAUCAAGAAGACGAAGAUCAUCAAGAACACAAAGAACACAUAGAACAUCAAGAACACAAAGAACAUCAAGAAGACAAAGAACACAUUGAACAUCAAGAAGACAAAGAACAUGAAGAAGUCAAAGAAGAUCAAGAACGCAAAUAUCAUCAAGAACACAAAGAACAUCAAGAAGACAAAGAUCAUCAAGAACACAUAGAACAUCAAGAAGACAAAGAACAUCAAGAAGACAAAGAUCAUCAAGAACACAAAGAAAAUCAAGAAGACAAAGACCAUCAAGGACACAAAUAACAUCAACAACACAAAGAACACCAACAACACCAACAAAACAAAGAACAUCAAGAAGACAAAAAUCAUCAAUAACACAAAGAACACACAGAACAUCAAGAAGACAAAGACCAUCAAGAACACAAAGAAAAUCAAGAAGACAAAGAUCAUCAAGAACACAAAGAACAUCAAGAAGACAAAGAUCAUCAAGGACACAAAGAACAUCAACAACACCAACAAAACAAAGAACACAAAGAACACCAACAACACCAACAAAACAAAGAACAUCAAGAACACAAAGAACACCAACAAAACAAAGAAUAUCAAGACGACAAAGAACACAUAGAACAUCAAGAAGACAACGAUCAUCAAGAACACAAAGAACACAAAGAAUAUCAA